ACUUUAAAUAGGUUAUCAUAAACCCACGCUCACAUUCACCCAACAGCAAAAGAAGAGGAGAAAGAAAGAAAUCACAUUUAGCAACCCUUUGAGUUUUUGAGGUCAAAUUCUCUCCUCUUCUGCUUCUUCAAAGCUCAGAACUUUCACACUCAAUGGAUCAAGAUUUUAGGUUGAUGAGGAGUCAAGUUCCAGCGUUUGGGAGCUGGGAUUGGAACCAAGACCUUCCAUUUACUCAGUGUUUUGAGUCGGCAAGGCAGGCAGGGCUUCUGCGCUACACUACUUACUCUGAUGAACGCGAUGAGGAUCGUGAUCUGUAUGUUGCUGGUGAUUUGUACGAGAAUCAUGUUGUCACACCUACCAUGAUUGUUGUUCCUAGCAGAAGGAACAAAAUGCGGCAGUCGCAUGUGAAAGAAGCAAAAGAGCAAAGUUGGGUGGUGAGUGAUGUGAAGGAGCCACCAAGCCCUCCACCAAGCCGCAGGCCUACACCAAAGCCAGUGGAUGAAGACUUGUACAAAAUCUCACCACACCUCUUUGCAAAAUCCAAAAAGAAGAGAGGAUUUGGGUUCUUUUCAAGCUGCUUGCUGCCAACUUGCAUUGCUUGAUGCAGUAAAGAGGAGAAUUUGGGCUCGUUAAAAAACUCCUUUUAAAGACUGAAAGUGUUUUUUGAGAAUAUUUUUGAGUUCAAAAGUAAUUUAACGGUAGCCUGCAAGAAAUAUUUUUAGGCUUCUUGUAGGAAAUACUUCAAGUGUUUUCUCAAGUUUUAUUUGUAUUUUACUGAGUAUUGAUUUUAAAAAUAUUUUUAUCAAAAUCACUUUCAGUCAUUAUAAAAGUACUUCCAAUCGAGUCCAUAUAAGAGUUAGUUAGUAAACAUAUGAGAAAAUUAAACAGCAAAGUGGUUUAGUGUUUUUAUUUAGUGUUCCACUUUAAUAUUAUGAACAUAUUCAGCGACUGAAGGAUUAUUUUGUCUUUCUAGGCAGAGAGGAUUUGGGGAGUUUGUAACUUUGUUUUUACUGAAACUUUAUAUAUAUUUAUUUCAUUGUUGGAUAA